CCUCGGCAACGAGCACCUGCGGGUUGACUACUUUUUACUGAUUGUCCUAGUCACUGAGGCAUGGUCAAAGCAAGAUAUCAAGAAAUGUGAUAUGCAUUGAGGUUUCAUGCAAUCAUGGCAGAAAGAAAAUCCAAAGUAGUCGAAUAUGAAAAGUUCCUUAAUGAAACGUUAAGAGAGGAUUUAAGGAAAAUACUUGAUGAAAGAGACAAAGUGUACAGUCAGAUUGCAGAAUACCUCCAACUGAAGACAGUCAUUGAAAAAACAAAGGAUGCUGAUGGCGGAGAACUGAAGACACAGGUAGAUCUGGGCUGUAACUUUUAUGUUCAAGGCAAAGUACCCGAUACCGCCAGGAUAUGUGUAGCUGUAGGAUUUGGCUUCUUCCUGGAGUUCAGCCUGGACGAGGCUCUCAAGUUUAUUGAUAAGAAGACUGCUGCCCUGACAGACAAAACUGAUCAACUGUCUAAAGAUGCAGCUAAGGUCAAAGCUCACAUCAGGCUAGUUCUGGAGGGCUUGAGAGAGGUACAGCUGAUCAGUGAUAAACCUGAUGUGGAAUACCGUGACCCCCAGGCCUGAUGGAGCACACAGUGAGAUGAGGGGUGGGAUGCUGACAGUGCUGAUGGAGCACAUCAUCCUUGGCCUAACCUCUGAUCCCCUAGCCUGAUGGAACCUGAUAGAAGUCACCCUCCUGCCCUGAUGCAAAGUCACCCUCCUGCCCUGAUGGAACUCACCCUGAUCCUUCUGCCCCGAAAAAACUCAACCUGACCCUCCUGCCCCGAAAGAACUCAGCCUGACCCUUCUGCCCUGAAAGAACUCAGCCUGACCCUUCUGCCCUGAAAGAACUCAGCCUGACCCUUCUGCCCUGAAAGAACUCAGCCUGACCCUUCUGCCCUGAAAGAACUCAGCCUGAGCCUUCUGCCCUGAUGGAACUCACCCUGCCCAUAUGGAACUCACCAUGAUACUCCUGCCCCGAUGGAUCUCACCCUGACCAUCCUACCCUGAUGGAUCAGGCCUGUGUUGAAGCGAGCCAUUGUUUAUCAGGUUUGUGUUGAAGUGAGCCAUUGUUUUUCAGGCAUGUGGUGAAGUGAUCCAUUGUUUAUCAGGCCUGUGUUGAAGUGAGCCAUUGUUUAUCAGGCCUGUGUUGAAGUGAGCCAUUGUUUAUCAGGCCUGAGGUGAAGGACACCAUUGUUUAUCAGGCCUGUGGUGAAGUGAGCCAUUGUUUAUCAGGCCUGUGGUGAAGUGAGCCAUUGUUUAUCAGGCCUGUUGUUGAAAUAAGCCACUGUGGUGUGUAUCAUUGUUUAUCAGGCCUGUUUAACUGUUUAUACAGAGAUACGAUUUUCACCCAAGAUACUUCAAGAGUACUCUCAAACUCAAAACAUGGAAUGAACUUGGGCAUAUUUACAGAUCCAUGGUUUAGAAAUGAGACGGAGUAUUGUGAAAUAGACACAUUGUAUAUAUACUAUUCAUGACAAUAAAACACAUCAUCAUAAACUAUAAAGUGGACAAUAUCAUUUGCCAGAUCAUUCAGGUGGAGGGACUGUCAGAUUUGAUUUACCAGCUCUGCUCUUCAAAUGGGGGUCAAAGGAUAUCAAACACCUUGAAUAGCUGACAUAUUUCUGAUGCCGACGCUGAGGAUAUUUAAUGUAAGAUUAAAGGACAACUUAAUUCUUGUGUAUGACUACUAAAGAUUUGAUAAUUAGGAGGUAAUUUCUGUUCAGAUUUGUAGGUGUUAUUGAGUAUAUGAUGCCUGGAAAUUUGGAGCCAAA